AGCAUUUGAUUUUCUUUACUCUGAAGUAUACCCCCAUUAUAAAAGCUGAAAAAGAAAAAAGCUGCGAAUAAUAUAUUUUACUAUUUAUUUUAGUAUUAAGGUCGAAGAAAAAUUCGAAACAAUUAAAGGAUGAAGUUGCCAUUACUGAUAGUUAUUCUCCUCCUUAGCCAUCUUCUUCAAGUUUUCUCCUUGUCCUCUCGAUUUCUCCUUCAUUCAGACAAUGAAGUUGUGACGAUCGAUAAACGUGGAGGCGCCGCAGCCAGUGGACACGGUAGUGCCCACGGCGGCUCCUCAGGAGGACGAGCAUCGGGGGGACGCGGCGGCAGGGGUUCUAGAAAGUCACCUGAGACUGGCAAUGCAGGUAAUAAUAUUCCAGUGUAUGCAGGUGCAGCAGGAGCAGCAGCAGCUAUGAACCAUCACAAUUACAACAGACACAAUCGUAAUGUUGGGACUACCCUCAACUGCAUUUGUUUUUCUUCCUUGUUUUUUAUCAUCUGCAGUAUACUUGUUAUGAUGUUGUAAUUAUAUGGUACCCCUUUGAAAGUAGCGUUUGUAAUUAAAUCAUGUUAAUAUGAGAGUCCAAGGCGAAAAAGGGAAUGUAAUUAAUGUUAAUACUGUUAUUGUGCAAUGGGGUUGCAUUAGUUGGUUUGAUAAUUUGCUCUUUCAAGAGGAAUAUUUUGUUGAAGGAACUUUGAAGUGUCUUUUAACUGUUAAGUCUCUCACGCCGAUUGAGAAAUUUAAGGAUUUUCUCGUUAUA